UCGCGCUCUAGUAACAUUACAUCAGCACUUAUUGUUGUGUAACCUUAAAUUGAGAAUGAGUGGAAGUGGGACACAGUCUUUGUUUUUCCUCAAUCUUCCGGACCUGAGGAAUUUAUGUUGUGUAAAUCUGUUCUUUCCGAACAAUUGCGAUGAAGGAGAAAUGAGAAACAAACAAGUGAAAACCUGCAGGGAGCUUGUUCUCUUGCAUUCAGACAUUGUUGCUUCUCCUGUGUUGGGCCAUUUUGGGGGCAUCACUGUUAUAAUGACUAUUAGAUUUUACAAGAGCGGUAUUACCCAGGCCUUUGCACAGAAACAUGGUCUACAGUUCAACCCUCCUCAAAGGGUAUUUCCUGCGGUUCUGCAGACGUGUUUGUCUUAUUCUGUGACUGCUAGACUGGCCCCUAAAUGGAACAAAGCAGGCCAAUAUCUUGUAGCAGGAAAAGAUUUCCUCAGUGACUCUGGAAAACUCAAUGCAGUUGUGCUUGAGCUGAGUAUCACUGAGACUCAACUGUGUGUCAGUGUGGAAGCCAACACAGUCAGACUUCCUCCAGCUGUGAUAAAGGAUUUUGAUAUUCCUGCUCCUGUGGUGAAAAACUUCCUCUGCACUGAUGAUGCUGUGUUGCAUACAGUGAUGCCAAAUAACUGGUGCCACAUUCUGCCAAGUAUGAAGAAAGGCCAAAUCAUUAGCAUCAGUCGCAGGAUUCCACAGGAAAGCCCGUUCCAAUCUUAUAUGGAGUUUCAAAAGCACUGGAGCAACAUGUAUGGAUAUCAGCUGCCCUCAGUAAGUGAAGAGGAAGUCAUGUACUGCAGUGUGUACUUUAAACCAAUAGGUGACAAGCUGUUCACAUAUCCAUUGUGCUGUAUCCGCACUCUGCCGGUACAGUGCUUUCCCAGAGUGGACCUGCAGGGGGUGCUGGGAACCUUCAAAUCAGAUCUGCAGGCCGGACUUGAGAGUGUGUGCGGUUUGCCGGUGCGGAUGACCUGCAAGCCUUGCUACUACACCAGUGAACUGAACAGACCAGACACUCAGUGCUUUGGGCCCCUGCCUGUAAACGUGACAACAGAAAACAGCAGCAGAGCUGUACUGAACCAGCUUCCCAGCAGCUGCCCACGCGACGCAGUGCAACACCGCUCCAGUCAGUGUGACUCAACUGGAAAACAGACUGAAAAGAAAAAGCGAUCCAGUUUGGAUUCGUCUGUUGACCAGAAAGGCUGGACGUCCUCCAACUUGGCAACUCAGUCCUCUUCCUCUCCCACUAAUGUUCAUUUUAUUCACAUCCAGUCACAGUCUGCACUUCCAAGACCAAAGCUUGUGCCAAUCUUCAAAAACAAAUCACACACCCGCCAUGUGAACGUGACUGAGAUGCUUGCAGUGAAACAGCAGCAGGGGCCGGAAGAGCAGAAGCUGACAGCAGUUAGAAGGCCUCUGUCAUCUACUUGUCUGUCAUCGUCUUCCAAACCCCACUGCUCCACACCACCAGCCUCUUCUAACCAGUUCUCCAGGCCUCCAGCCCCGGAGCGGAUGACUUUACCCUUUUCUAAGAGUAAGGAAAAGACCAACAGUGGAGUCACUGGGAUUCUCCCUCCUCUGCCUUUAGUACAGAUGCAGCCCCAAAUCAUGCCUGAGAUCCCCAGCAAUAGAGGAGACACGUUUGAGUCAAAACCAAAGAAGCUCAAACAGAGUGUGCAGCACGUGGAAGUGUAUGCGACAAGCAAUCAGCUCUCAAAGGUCAACUCCGGGACUCUGCAGGCAUGGUUGAAGAGUCGAGGGUUCAAUGUGCGCUCAAAGGAUAAGAAAGAGGAGCUGGUGUCAAAGGUCAUGAAGUGUCUGAGUGAAACUUAGGUGUGUUGGGUUGGGUUACUCGCCUAAAAACACACUAUAGAGACCUUGCAUACUGAGUUUUUGUUUGUUCCAUUGAUAAACUGUUUACAGUUCAAUACGUUUGCCAUGAGUUAGGCCAUAUUCGUUGCACAUGACAUUUAGCUUCAGCUUUUUUCUCAAGCAAGACCUUGUAAGCUAAAAUCUGUUGUUUAAUUGGAUCCAGAGUUUAGAGAGAGCUACAGAUAAAUAAAAA